AUGGGUUGGGUAUAUAACCUCCAAGAGACAGAUCCCAACAGCUCGAUCCCGGAGGUGAUCGCGAUCUGCUUGGCGUUCUCCAUUUUCUCUCUCCUGGCCGUUUGUCUCCGAUUCUAUGUUCGAAUGCGAAGCAAACGUCUGCCGUGGUAUGAUGAUUAUGCUGCACUGGCCAGCUCUCUCUUAACACUCGCAUAUGCAGGAAUCGCGGUGGCUCAAACGCGAUGGGGUCAAGGCCUGACGGCAGCGUAUUUUCCACCGGAGAAUGUUAUAACUUUUAGCAAGGUAGGUGGUGACUGUGUGGCGAUGGGCUGGUUGACUUGGCUAGCUAACUUGACUUCAUUCUUCGAAUCACAGAUCCAAUAUGCAGGCGGCCCAGUCUACUGUCUCGAUGUGCUAGGGUUUAAGGUGGCCCUGCUAACCUCCUAUCUACGCAUUGCGGGCGUGGUAAAACUAUACCGCAAGAUUAUUAUCGCUGCAAUCAUUCUAUGUGUGGUCAAUCAAUUGGUUUUUGCCUUAAUCAUUUCCAUCUCGUGCAUGCCGGCAAGUAAUUCCACGGGUCCCAAACAAUGGGACACGUCGCUGAAAGGCCAUUGUAUACAAACCCAGCCAUUCUAUUUCGCCUUGGGCGGCACCAGUAUUGCCCUAGAUUUCAUAAUCAUCGCCCUCCCUCUCCCCGUCCUGUGGAAGUUGCAACUUCGAAUCAGGCAGAAAGUAUUAUUGGUCGCCUUGUUCGCGCUCGGAUUUUUCGUCACCAUUGUCCAAUUUAUCCGCAUCUUCACUGUGAAAGACCUCAAGACAUAUACCGACAGCAAAAACAUUGUCCUUUGGUCGUUGGUGGAGGUCAGUCUUGGGAAAAUCGUUCAGGUCGUUGUCUGCUGCAUUCCCACCUACGGCCCGCUUUUCAAGGCGUUCGCAUCCAAUAUAAGCUCUUACCGGAACCGUUCGUAUCAGCUCGGCUCGAUGCCACCAGAGUCUCGCACUGCACCCGCACAUUCCCGCCGCAGAAGCAGAUUCGAUAUAAUGCCGGACCCAGAGGGAAAUACAGUCACGGUGGUUGGAUCCGGGAACGGGAAGACGAUGAAGGAUACGGAUAGCGAAGAGCAUAUACUCUCCGGGGAUGAUAAUCUCAAAGUCUUUGUAACUUCAGAGAUUUCUGUCCGUGAAGCCUAA